AUGGAGAAUCCAAACAAUGCGACUGAAUUCAUUCUUUUGGGCAUCACAGAGAACCCAGAGCUGCGGAAAAUGCUCUCUGCUGUGUUUCUAAUCCUGUACGUGUCCACGGUUUUGGGGAACCUACUCAUGGUGGUAACCGUGAUCGCAAGUCAGAGCCUGAGAUCACCUAUGUAUUUUUUCCUCACUUCCUUGUCCCUCAUGGAUGCCACCUACUGUUCUGUCAUUGCCCCCAAGAUGAUCGUGGACUCCUUCUCCGAGAGAACUACCAUCUCCUUUGAAGGCUGCAUGACCCAGCUCUUUGCGGAGCAUUUCUUUGGUGGUGUGGGGGUCAUCCUUCUCGUCGUGAUGGCCUAUGACCGCUACGUGGCCAUCUGUAAGCCCCUGCACUACCCGAGCAUCAUGAACCCUCGGGUGUGCCGCCUGCUGCUGGGAGGCGCCUGCGUGGGGGGGUUUAUCCACGCAGCAAUACAGCUUCUCUUCAUGUAUCAAAUACCCUUCUGUGGUCCCAAUGUCAUCGAUCACUUCAUGUGUGAUUUGUUCCCAUUGCUGAAACUCGCCUGCAUGGACACCCAUGCCCUGGGUCUCUUAGUCAUCCUCAACAGUGGGGUGAUGUGUGUGACCGUCUUCCUUACCCUCGUGGCCUCCUACGUGGUCAUCCUCUGCUCCCUGAAGUCUUGCAGCUCUGCGGGGCGGCGCAAAGCCCUCUCGACCUGUGGCUCCCACCUCACUGUGGUCGUCUUGUUCUUCGUGCCCUGCAUUUUCCUGUAUGUGCGGCCUGUGGCCACUUACCCCAUCGACAAAGCAAUGGCUGUGUCCUUUACCAUUGUUGCACCCAUGUUAAACCCCCUGAUCUACACCUUGAGGAAUGCAGAGGUGAAAAAUGCCAUGAGGAAAUUGUGGGUCAAGAAGGUAUAA